AUGCUAAAUAAGUAUCUAGAUGGCCCAGAGAAAAGGAGAGGGUGUGUUCUUAACCCCCUCCCCUCGGGAUCUGCCAAUGUCAAGUUUGUAAUAGUCAAUGUAGACGGUUCACUAGAAUACUGCGUAGACUUCUACAAUGUUGGGAACGAGUGUAGAGAGUGUCCCCCUGGGUAUUACGGAAAGAACUGUUCCAGACCAUGUCCGCCACCACGAUAUGGAAUUAGAUGCACUCUGAACUGUGACAAUUGUUCAAACUGUAAUCACAUAUAUGGAUGUGGAGAUGCUACAGAGUCGGAGACAAAUACAGUGGACCAUUUCAUGUCCCCAGAGUCUACGGUGAAAGUUACAGAAAAUGCAACGCGUGAAGGAAAUGGUAACAAUACGUCUGAAUUUCACUUCGAUGUUAUUUUUACAGGAAUCGUAAUAACAUCCGGGACACUAAUAUCCUUGGUGCUGAUACUAAUAGUUAUAAGAGAAUUAUACAGACACAAGAAAUUUUCAGGUCUUAGGAAUGCAAAUAAAGUGCCGUGCAGAACGCAUGAAGUAGACGACACUUACGCAUAAAUUAAUGAGUUCAUGGAUAUUGUAGUUUUACCCGAGGAUAACGAGAUUACAGGUUCAAAUCAAUGUAUCAGUAAUGGACAUCCAUCUUUCCCUGAGAUAGAAGAAACCGGAUGUGAAGAAUAUGUUUUAUAGCACUGUGGGCAAAGAGAAAGUUCUUUCAAAGGAUAAAACCAGACAGGUUAAUGUAAACAGUGUUUACAAUAGCAAAGAGAGGAACAAGCAGGAAUCGUAUUUUGACGUACAAAGUAUCACAAGCACUGUGAACUGUUUUGGACUGAAGGAUAUGAAUAACAGUUUGAUAUCCUUUAUGCUGCUGAUGUUUAUGUAAAUGACAAAACUAAAACCACGUAUUUUUAAUAUUACA